AAAAACCAGCAGAAUUUCAGCAAAGUUUUUAAAAAUAUUAUUAACAAAUUAACAAAAUUAUCUAAUUUUUGGUGUAAUAUUUGUCAUUUGAAUUGUUUUCUUACCAUUGAAAACCGAUUAUCUCAAUGAAGAAUACAAGCAAGGCUUUAAUUUUCGUUUUUAUUUCGAGUUUUAAUUUUUUGUUCGCCGUCAGCGACGUUUUGUUGUUUGAACGUUUUCCUGAUCAACGACAGAUUGAAUAUAAUAAACGAUUUGAUGUUGAUGAAUUUUCGCCAUCAAUCCGUCGACAAGAUGAUGACAUUUUAAAAAGACAGAAUCUUGAUGAUGAAAAUCGAUUUGAACGUUUUGAAGAACGAUUUGAUGAGCGAAGAAUUGAAAGUUCUGAUCGAUAUGAUGAUCGCCGAGAACGUUUCGAAGAACGAAUUGAUGAACGGAUUACGGAACGAUCUGAUCGAUAUGAUGACCGUCGAGAACGUUUUGAAGAACGAUUUGAUCAACGGAAUGUUGAACGAUCUGAUCGAUUCAGUGAUGAUCGAGAAGAAAUUCGUGAACAACGACGAUAUCGUGAUGAAGAUGAUCGCCGAAUUGAUGAAGUUGAUCAAGAUCGUCGUCGAGAACGAAUGGAAAGUGAUAGACGAAGAGAAACAGAAUCUGAUGAUCGAAUUAAUAUGGACCGACGUAGCCGAGAACGAUCAAACGAUCGUAUCCGUUAUGACCAAAAUCGACGACGUGAAAGUUGUGAACGAAUUGAUAAUGAUGAAACACGUACAGUUGAACCAAGAUUUGAUCGACGUGAACGUGAAGAGAUGAUCAGUUUUGAACAACGUAAUGAAAAUAAUCUCAAUCGUUGGUCGGAACAUUGGCGUAUGGAUCAAUUUUUAAAACAAGGUACAACAAAUCCGACAACAAAUUUUCUUUCCAAUUCAGUACCCAUUCUUUUGGGAUUUUUGGCUACAUACAAAUUUUUCAAAAAUAAUUGAAUCCAUUCAUUGCACACAUUCAUUUAACUUUCUAUUUUUAUCCAAUAUGUAUGAAUGACUAAUGAUCUCA